CUGAGAUAAACUCUGACAGGUGGGAGCACACCUUGACUUCUGCUAGGGCACUGCAGACAACCAGUUUGUGGGAGGUGCAUUUGAAGAAUGGAAAAGGCAUUUUCUAUUGUUUGUCUUUUCAUAGCAGUUGGAGUUGUUAAUGUAAGGGCCCAGGACAACUGUGUUUCCAAAUUGUGUCCAGAGGAAUACAUUCCUGUUUGUGGCUCAGAUAGGAGAACAUAUGGCAAUGACUGUGAACUAGAGAUUGCCAUAUGUUUGUUUCAAAAUCAGGGAACCAAAUUGUCAAAAGUCGGAGAUGGUGAAUGCUCACAAUUAACCAUAAAUGCUAUAAAAACUACUCAGCCUACCACAACCACAAUAGAACUAACUACCACUCUUAAACCUACCACGACUCCAAAACCAACAACUCCUAAACCAACCACUACCCAAAAAUCAUCAACAAUAGAGCCAACAACCACUACCCCCAAACCAACCACCCCAAAGCCAACAACCACUACCCCAAAACAAACAAC